UUUCCAUUUCUGUUUAACAGGAAUUUGGUCCUCAAAAUGCCAAAAGUUCGACUAUUUCCUGAUGACUCUGACAAUGAGCUGGAUGCUGACCGUAUCAAGGACCUGAUUGGUGACUGCGAAUACCACUUAGCCCUCAGCUUCAUGUCCAAGGGUGACCACGAGGAAGCUAUCAAGCGCUUUGAGUCCUUGUCAAACCCUUGGGCAUCUUACCAUACAGCACAGGUUUACCGCAAGUUGGCAUUGAACGAACAAAACACCACGAAGCAAGACGAUGUGUCGCAGGAUAACCAUCAAAGCCGCUACAUUGCCUUACUGACAAAGGCCAAAGAAGCCCUAUACAUCACUCUGGAUCGAUUAAAAGGCAACAAAUCCCACCAAUUAAAUCUGGUAAUUUACGAGGAAAUAGAUGACAUUGAAUUUCUUCUGACUCGCCUUGCUAUCAACAAUGGCCCAUUUCCUUUAAUUGAUGAUGCUUCCAGUACAGAAUCGUUCUGCUCUGCCAACAUGAAUGUUUCUACAGGUAUUCCAGCCUUUGACUCACCCCCUCACGACAGCCACAUUCGUUCGUCCAGUCCAAUUCAGUGUCGAGACAGCUCCCUGAAUGAUUCUGAAAGAAAGAAGUCUCCCUCGAAUAAGAAACAAACAUCCAAAUCCCAUCGUAAUUCUUCAGAAGGCAGUCACGUGCGACCCAGUCCUGAGCGUCUCGAUGCCCAGUUGCGUGCUCUACAGCUGUCUCACAUCUCAAUCCUCAAGCCAAUAGUCGACCAAAAUAAGGAGUUGACCAAAUUUAAUGUGUCCCUGCAACAGCAACUCCGAGAAUGCAAGGAAUUGAACCAGCUAUAUUUGGUUUGCUCAAAAGCAGCUUUGUCUGUACCAGACCGACACAAGUCCCCGUCUCCGCAAUCUCCAACCAGUUCCACUGUUGCCGACAUCACUAUCACAUCAGGGACUACCACGAUUACCAACACGACUGCUAUUACUACCACGACGACCACCACUACUUUUCCUGCAGAUUCAUCGACUUCCAAUAUGCCGUUUUCUCGGUUAAUGAACAACACAGAAUAUUCCGGAAUGUUAUUCAGUACACUGGCUGCCCAGGCAAACACACAAGAAACAACUGCCUUUCAGAAAGACAAAAGCAAACCAUUUUCCUGGCAAGGUGCCGGUCAGAAGCUGUUUGAUGUGAAGUCCAGCCCUGGUGCCGCCAACAACGAUGAGGAUGAUGACGAUGUUGUAGCUAAUGUUGAUAUUCACUUUGAUCCUGUUAUUGAACUCCCAGCUCUCAUUGAUAGAAAGAGUGGUGAGGAGGAUGAAACGCCGUUAUUUGUACAGCGAUCGAAACUAUAUCGGUUUGACAAGUCACUUAAUUGUUGGAAGGAAAAAGGAAUCGGAAAUAUGAAAAUACUCAGCCACAACGGAUCCGUUCGAUUCCGGCUGCUUUUCCGAAGAGAACAAGUAUUAAAGGUGGCAUGUAACCAUCUGUUGACAACCAACUUAGUCCUGAAGAGAAUGUCCACCUCAGAGACGUCUUGGUGUUGGGUGGCCCGUGACUACACAGAUGACAAAGAGGGUACAGUGGAACAGUUUGCUGUACGCUUUAAGGGUAACUAA